UUGCAGUGCGGCUUCAUGUCCUCUUUUCCGUUGCGUUUGUCAUUAAACUACUGCAGCACCGGCUCGGGUCCAAUUAAGUGUCGCAUGUGUGAAGUUAUACUGAGUAUUUUCCGUGUCCUUGUGCUGUUUAAGGUCCAGACGACGACUGUGAGCUCUGACCACUCGUUCGCGGUCAAUAGUGAAUAAGGAAAACAGGAUGUCGUCUUUGACCGCACGGAGCCUAACUGGAGCCCAAAGGGCUGUGACUUGGAGACAGGGACGAUUUAUAAGGGACUGCAGGUGCUUCUUUACCAGUGUGCCUGAAUGCCGCUUUGUCCCCAAGACCAGAAAGAUGGGCCCUUCCUCUUCCCCCAGCUCAUCCUUCUCCAGCCAUUACAGAUGCUUCACUGUCUCAUCUUCUCAGCGGACCUCUGCAUCGUCACCUGCAGCCGAUCAGAAAACACCAUCUUACAGUUAUGUCAUUAUUGGGGCGGGGUCCGCUGGUUGCGUCCUGGCUAACCGCCUCACAGAAGACGCCCAGGAGUCCGCGCUGCUGCUCGAGGCUGGCCCUAAGGACAGGUGGUUAGGCAGCUUGCGACUCUCAUGGAAAAUCCACAUGCCAGCUGCCCUGACCUACAACCUCUGCGAUGACAAGUAUAACUGGUUCUACCACACUUUACCUCAAGCCAACAUGGACAAUCGGGUAAUGUACUGGCCGAGGGGCCGCGUCUGGGGAGGGUCCUCUUCACUCAAUGCGAUGGUGUACAUCCGCGGGCAUGCUGAAGAUUAUAACCGCUGGCAAAGAGAGGGCGCAGAUGGCUGGGAUUAUGACCAUUGUUUGCCUUAUUUUAGGAAAGCUCAGUGUCAUGAGCUGGGAGAAAACAGAUACCGAGGCGGCAACGGACCUCUUCAGGUGUCCAGAGGGAAAACGAACCAUCCCCUUCAUAAGGCUUUUAUUGAGGCGGGGCGGCAGGCAGGAUAUCCAUUCACUGAUGACAUGAAUGGAUACCAACAGGAAGGCGUGGGCUGGAUGGACAUGACCAUUUAUAAAGGGAAGAGGUGGAGCACUGCCAGUGCUUACCUGAGACCAGCCCUGGGUCGACCCAAUCUGAAGGCGGAGGUGCGAUGCGUGACCACUAAAAUCCUGUUUGAUGGCAACCGUGCUGUGGGGGUGGAAUACAUUCAAAAUGGACAAAAGAAAAAGGUGUUUGCAGAAAAAGAAGUGAUAGUCAGCGGAGGAGCCAUCAAUUCCCCUCAGCUUCUCAUGCUAUCUGGGAUUGGAAAUGCAGAUGACUUGAAACAGCUUGGCAUCCCUGUGAUUCAACACUUACCAGGUGUCGGUAAUAACCUGCAGGAUCACUUGGAGCUGUAUGUCCAGCAGCAGUGUACUCAGCCCAUCACCCUGUACAAAGCCCAGAAACCUUUCCACAUGGUCAAGAUAGGCCUCGAGUGGCUCACUAUGUUUACUGGUUAUGGAGCAACAGCCCACUUGGAAAGUGGAGGAUUUAUUCGUAGUCGUCCCAAAGUAGCACACCCCGACAUCCAAUUUCACUUUCUGCCCUCACAAGUCAUUGACCAUGGACGAGUCGCCUCCAAAAUAGAGGCUUAUCAGGUUCAUGUUGGACCAAUGAGGAGCACCAGUACAGGCUGGCUGAAGCUGAAGAGCACCAACCCCCUGGACCACCCAAUCAUUCAGCCAAACUAUCUCACCACAGAUAUUGACGUCUGGGAGUUCAGGCAGUGUGUCAAACUCUCCAGAGAGAUUUUUGCCCAGAAGGCCUUUGACCCCUUUCGUGGUCCCGAAGCCCUGCCUGGUCCUCAGGUCCAAUCCGAUGCCGACAUCGAUGCUUUUGUCCGCCAAAAGGCAGACACUGCCUACCAUCCAUCCUGCACAUGCAAGAUGGGCUCGCCCUCUGACCCGAUGGCGGUGGUUGACUCAAACGCACGCGUUCUGGGCCUGGAGAAGCUUCGUGUGAUCGACGCCUCGAUCAUGCCCAGCAUUGUCAGUGGAAACCUGAAUGCCCCGACCAUCAUGAUGGCAGAGAAGGCUGCUGAUAUUAUCAGAGGUCGCCCUGCACUCGUUGACUCGGGGGUUCCUGUGUACCAGCCUCCAACACUUGACACGCAGAGAUAAAGAGAGAGGUGCACAGCUUAUCUGUGAGUUAGAAAAAUCCCUCAAUAGAGUCAGUUAUUAGGCAAAAAUAGCAGUAAAUCACAAGCUGUAUGUUCGAUUAGGAGCUUAUCAAUUUACCUCUGAGCUGAUAUUGUGAAUAAUUACCGUGGGAACAUUCCUGGCCUAACACACAUAUUCAGGACCAUAAACACUUCACAUCUGUCUCACGCUGCCAUUGGGGUGGAACAGUGCUGAUUCAGAUUGCAAAAUAACUGUGGUUAUGACAGGAAAUGUGUCUAAUAUGUGGCUUCACGCUUAGCAAACAAUUUACCAGCCUGCCUCAUCAUGCAUUUCAGUAAAAGUGCUCUGAAAUAUAAUCUUAAACAUAAAGUAAUUACUCAAGAUUACACACUAGUAUCCAGCAUCACAUUAAAAAAUUGCAAAUCAGCUUUAAAAAACUAAAGAAACUUAAAUAUUUCAAGGAUAUGAGCUUCUGAUGAAAAUCUAUUUCCACGACACUGCUUUUCAGAAAAAAAUAAUCUUAUGAGCCUUCAUCUAAUGUGGUUGAGAGCUGCAGUCAGCAGCUGGAGCAAAGUGUAGACUUAGCAGCACGCUCCUGUCUGCUCACAUCAGAGGUUGCCAGCCUUUGGCUGUGACAUUCGUUUUCCUUCCUGAAAACUUGCAGGUUCAACAGUUUGAUAAAAUCUUUUUUUUUUUUUUUUGUCCCCCCACACACAUUUCUCAGGAACAUGAAGGCAAUAAAGUGAUUCGCUUUCACUUCACGUUUCCCACAAUUUAGCCAGUUUUUAUAGCAGUUUCUAUAGCUACAGCUUUACCAUCAACAUCUGCAGAAAAUAUUCUGUUUUGUUAGUCUGUUGGCGUGACAACAGAGCAUUGAAUAGGCAGGAUGAAAGAAACAAACUUUUUUCUUUUGCACAUCUAAACAGACUUGUCACUAAACAGACUUGUUUAGUGAGAACCGCGGAAAAUAACCGUACAUUGUUUACAAACAAGUGGUAUUGUAAACUGGACCAAACCCUGAUUCAAACUUGGAAAAGAAACUAUUAUAAUCAGACCUGUAGCGAUUACACUACCAAUGCACGCGUCUCUAGAUUUAACAGACAGUUAAAGGAGACCUCCUAAAUGCUGUCAAUGCAUUUGUAAAACUCAUCUCAGUUGAUUUGUUUGAUUCACGCUAUGUGCCAAAUUUGAGUCCUCGAGCUUCGUAACUCACAGCUUUUGCACCGCUCAGUCAGCCUGAAAGCUGUUUAGUCUAAACAGUAAUUAAUGCAAAAUGUUUUAACACUUUAUGUUUACACACACUAAGAACUUUGAAACUAAAAA